AUGGAUGUAUAUAGAAGGGGACACCUUCUUUAUAAAUCCAUCAAAACGGGGUCUCGGAGCCGAAAAGCGAGGCCAAAUCGGAUCGUCCGGGUCAUCCGGGUGGAGAACCGGAUCGUCCGGGUCAUCCGGGUGGGGAACCGGAUCGACCGGACCAUCCGGAUGGGAAACCGGGUCAUCCGGGUCGGGAACCGGACCAACCGGAUCAUCCGGGUGGGGAACCGGGUCGACCGGACCAUCCGCACGCGGAACCGGAUCAUCCGGGUCAUCCGGGUCGGGAACCGGAUCGACCGGACCAUCCGGAUGGGGAACCGGAUCAUCCGGAUCAUCCGGGUCGGGAACCGGAUCGACAGGACCAUCCGGGUGGAGAACCGGACUCAACCGUACCAUCCCCGUGGGGGACCGGACCCAACCGGACCAUCCGGGUGGGGUGCCGGGUCGGGAACCGGACCGACCGGACCAUCCGGGUGGGGAGCCGGAUCAACCGGGUCAUCCGGGUGGGGAACCGGAUCAACCGGGUCAUCCGGGUGGGGAACCGGAUCGACCGGGUGGGAAACCGGACCAACCGGACCGACCGGACCAUCCGGGUGGGGAACCGGACCCGGCCGGACCAUCCGGGUGGGGUACCGGGUCAGGAACCGGACUGGGAACCGGAUCAUCCGGGUCAUCCGGAUGGGGAACCGGAUCAUCCGGGUCAUCCGGGUGGAGAACCGGAUCAACCGGACCAUCCGGUUGGGGUACCGGGUGGGGAACCGGACCAACCGGACAGGGAACCGGACGGGAAGCCGGAUCAUCCGGGUCAUCCGUAUGGGGAAUUGGAUCGACCGGGUGAUCCGGGUGGGGAACCGGAUCAGCCGGGCAAGCCCGAUGGGGAACCGGGUGGGGAAACGGACCAGCCGGGUAGGGUACCGGGCGGGGAACCGGACCAUCCGGGUCAUCCGGGUGGGGAUCCGGAUCGACCGGGUCAUCCGGGUGGGGAACCGGACCAACCGGACCAUCCGGGUGGGGAACCGGGUCGGGAACCGGAUCAACCCGACCAUCCGGUUGGGGAGCCGGACCAAUCGGACCGUCCGGGUGGGGAGCCGAAUCGACCGGGUGGGAAAUCGGACCAACCGGGUGGGGAACCGGACCAACCGGACCAUCCGGGUGGGGAACCGGGUCGGGAACCGGAUCAACCCGACCAUCCGGUUGGGGAACCGGACCAAUCGGACCGUCCGGGUGGGGAGCCGAAUCGACCGGGUGGGAAAUCGGACCAACCGGGUGGGGAACCGGACCAACCGGACCAUCCGGGUGGGGAACCGGGUCGGGAACCGGAUCAACCCGACCAUCCGGUUGGGGAACCGGACCAAUCGGACCGUCCGGGUGGGGAGCCGAAUCGACCGGGUGGGAAAUCGGACCAACCGGGUGGGGAACCGGACCAACCGGACCAUCCGGGUGGGGAACCGGGUCGGGAACCGGAUCAACCCGACCAUCCGGUUGGGGAACCGGACCAAUCGGACCGUCCGGGUGGGGAGCCGAAUCGACCGGGUGGGAAAUCGGACCAACCGGGUGGGGAACCGGACCAACCGGACCAUCCGGGUGGGGAACCGGGUCGGGAACCGGAUCAACCCGACCAUCCGGUUGGGGAACCGGACCAAUCGGACCGUCCGGGUGGGGAGCCGAAUCGACCGGGUGGGAAAUCGGACCAACCGGGUGGGGAACCCGGUGCGGUUCCGGGUCGGGAGCCGGGUCAACCGGACCAUCCGGACGGGGAACCGGAUGAUCCGGGUGGUCCGGGUGGGGAAGCGGACCAACCGGACCAACCGGGUGCGGUACCGGGUGGGAAACCGGACCAAACGGGUAGUGAUCCGGACGGGGAACCGGAUCACCCGGGUCGGGAACCGGAUCGACCGGGUCUGGGGUGGGGAACCGGACCAUCCGGGUGGGGAACCGGGUGGGGUACCGGGUCGGGGAACCGGAUCAACCGGACCAUCCGGACGGGGAACCGGAUCAUCCGGGUGGUCCGGGUGGGGUGCCAAAUCGACCGUGCGGGGAGUCGGACCAGCCGGACCAUCCGGGUGGGGUACCGGGUCGGGAACCGGAUCAACCGGACCAUCCGGAUGGGGAACCGGAUCAUCCGGGGAGGGAACCGGAUCGACCGGGUCUAGGGUGGGGAACCGGACCAUCCGGGUCGGUCGGGUCGGAACCCGGAUCCGGAACCGGGUGUUGAACCGUAUCAACCGGAUGGGAGCCGGAUGGACCCAAUCGGACGGACAAGCCGGACCGAAAACGGGUGGGGAACCGGAUCGGAACCGGGUGGAGAGCCGAAUGGGCCGGUUCGGUCGGAUCAACCGGGCCGGAAACGGGUGGGUAACCGGAUCAACCGCCCCAGCCGGGUGA